AUGGCGUCGGAGGAUGGCAAGCCAACAACAAUAUCUACGAUUAUGAAUAUUGCGGAGAAGGCCAAGGAUUUUCACGGUGUUAAGUACCUCGCCGCCGGUGGCAUCGCUGGAGGAGUGUCACGUACUGCAGUUGCUCCUCUAGAGAGGUUGAAAAUCUUAAUUCAGGUUCAACCCCCUGAAAAUGUUAAUUACAAUGGAACAAUUCAGGGAUUAAAAUACAUAUGGAGAACAGAGGGUUUGCGGGGAAUGUUCAAAGGAAAUGGCAGUAACUGUGUUCGCAUUGUUCCCAAUUCAGCCGUCGGUUUCUACAGCUAUGAGGAGGUAGCCAAGGGAGCGUUAUGGCUAUAUCGUCAGGAAACUGGAAAUGAGAAUGCUCAAAGUAAUUCCCUUGUACGGUUUGGAGCUGGAUCGUGUGCUGGAGCCAUCUCCUUGACGGCAACUUACCCAUUGGACAUGGUGCAAGGUCGACUUAGUGUCCAGACUGACAAAUCUUCUAGACGAUACAGGGGAAUCUUCCAUGCUCUUAGAACAGUUAUGGUCGAAGAAGGUCCCCGUGCUUUGUACAAGGGAUGGCUUCCUUCUGUCAUAGGAGUUAUUCCUUAUUUAGGAUUCAAUUUCUCAGUAUACGAGUCUUCGAAGGAGUGGGUACUAGAAAGCAAUCCACAUAUAUUAUUGUCGAAGAACACCGAAUCGAAUAUGGCUAUUAUUAGCCUCGCCUGUGGAGCUGCCGCCGGAAUCGUUAGCCAGACAGUCACUUAUCCUCUUGACGUAAUUCGGCGAAGAAUGCAAAUCGCCGGUUGGAAGGACGCCGCCUCCGUUAUCACCGGAGAUGGAAAGGGCAAAGCGCCACCUGAGUACAACGGCAUGGUUGAUGCUUUCUUGAAAACAAUACGGUCCGAGGGAUUCGGAGCUUUGUUCAAGGGAUGGAUGCCAAAUGCAAUCAAGAUGGUUCCUUGUACAGCAGUUUCAUUUGUGACUUACGAAUUGGUAAAGGACUAUCUUGGAGCACCGCCGAAAAAAUGA